AUGCCGUUAAAGGGGAGGAGAAAAGACAAGAACAAGAAGAAGAACAAGAGAAAAGAACAGAAGAAGGUGGCAAGUUUCGAUGAAUCUGUGGUGGAAAGAGCAAAGGCCAAUGCCUCCCUUUGGGAGUCUAGGCUGGAAGUCACAGAACUCUCCAGGAUUGAGUAUCGGGAUAGUUCCCGGAGACUGGCAAAAUGUAAUGAAGACUUAAAGAAACAGCAGUAUAAAUUGGAGAAAGACACAAUGUCUGUAUUAAGCUAUCUCAGAAAGCAGGAUCAAGAGAAAGAUAAUAUGAUUGAAAGACUGAAACAGCAGUUAAUUGAAACAAAGGACAGAGCACAAGAGGAAAAGGACAAAUUGGAACAAAUGUAUAUUAUGCAAAUAAAUGAGCUGGAGGCACAGUUCAAUCAAAAAGCCAGAGAAAUUGGCAUGAUUCAGUCAGAGCUGAAAACAAUAAAGCAGUUCCAGAGGAGGAAAACCCAAGUAGAGAAAGAAUUGGAUGACCUGAAGGAAAAUUUAAGAGUCACAGAGCAGAAACACCAGGAGACUCUGAGAAAAUUGGAAGCCAGGUUUUUUGAAGAAAAGCGCCGGUUAGAGCAAGAAGCUGAGAGGAAGAUUCUAUCACUUGCAGAGAGGGCGCACCAGGAAGCUGUUGUGCAAUUGAACAAUGUGGGAAGGAAUGUUUUUAAGGAGAAUAUUUAUCUCCAGAAAGCCCUCACGUACCACCUGAAAGAAACUGAAGUUCUACAAAAAAGCUCUCAGAAGUUGCGAGAGAAUCACUCUUGUCUUUUACAGGAAAAGGAGAUUAAAGAUCUGUUGGUUAAGGAAAAGAUUUUACAGCUUUCCCAGCAGAGAUCACAGAUACAAACUCUGCAGAAGAAAGUGACAACCCUGGAGAAUGCCCUGACUUGUAUGACCAAAGAGUUUGAGGCUGAAGUUUUAAGAGUGCAGCAUCAGGCAAUGAUCGAGAACCAAUCAGGUCAGGUUGAAAUUGGCAAUCUACAGCACCUUCUUCAGAUGAAGGACAGGGAAAUGAAUCGAGUGAAGAAGCUGGCCAAGAACAUACUGGACGAGAGAACAGAAGUGGAGGGAUUCUUUUUAGAUGCUCUACAUGAAGUGAAGCAACAGAUCCUACUUAACAGGAAGCAUUACAAGCAGUUAGCACAGACAGCUUUCAAUUUUAAAAUGAGAGAGGCAUGUGCAGGAAGAUCAGAAUAUCCCAAAAUCCGUACAUUCAAUGGCAAAAUGCACAGCUCUAAUAGUGUGAACCAGGAUCUUGUGGAGGCUGAGAAAUGGAUAAAUAUCCAAGGAGAUGUGGAUAUUGGAGAUUUGACAUGGGAACAGAAGGAGAAGGUCUUGCGAUUACUCUUUGCAAAAAUGAAUGGUUUUGUUCCUAGGAAAAGAAGCCAGAUCCGUAGGUCUUCAGUGCCAGACUAUGUUGUUCCUGAUACUGUAGAAACAGAGGACACUGGGGAUGAAAGUAAGCUUCAAGACCAAACCUUCAUCACCCAACAAGUGCCACUCUCACACCCUUCUGAUGAACUGGGAAUGAAAGAAUCACAAGAUUCUCCCAUAGGGACUUAGUUACAAGCACUUUGGAACCACAUGACCCCCACAGAAGCCACUGGCACACCCAGAUUUCU